GAUACGGAUGAGCAUAAUAAAGCUCCGCCUCCGUCAUUCAUCGGUGAUUCCAACAGAUCAGGUUGUCAGUGGAAGGCUUGUUGAACCGCGUAGUCUUUGAGAUCUUUUUCGGAGAUAUUUAAGUCAUGAAGGUAACAGACAGUAACGUGAUUCGGUUUCACCUUCAAGUCCUUUAUGGGAUAACUCUGAAGAGCUUGGAGAAGAAAAGGGAGAGACUGUUCAUCGGGGGUGCAAAGAUCUUUGGUGUUCCUCUGGAAAAUUUACCCAGGCGAUACAUUCCCGAGUUUGGACUCGUACCCUGUUUUUUGGUGGACGCGUGCUCUUUUCUUCUGGAGCGUGCUGGGACUGUGGGCCUGUUCAGAAAACCAGGUUCUCUUCCUCGCAUUAAGACCCUGAGGGCCAAGCUGAAUAGUGGAGAGGGGAGUCUAUCCAAAGCCCUGCCCUACGACGUGGCCACACUCAUCAAACAGUUUUGCAGGGAGCUGCCGGACCCAUUGUUUCCCUCGGAGCUCCAUGCGGCUCUGCUCAAGGCCCAGGCGCUGUCCGACAUGCAGGACAGGACGGCAGCCCUCCAGCUGCUGUCCUGUCUGUUACCUGCCAGAAACUCCUCCUGUCUGCAUUACCUGUUCAGCUUCCUCUCCAAAGUUUCCCAGAGAUGCACCGAAAACUUGAUGACCAGCUCCAACCUCGCUACGGUCUUCGCUCCGUGUCUUUUACCCCCUCCCAACAAGACCGAGAUGUCAGAAGGGCGACUUGAACUCAGAGUUCUUGUCCUGCGCACCUUCAUCGAAAAUCCUCACUUGUUCGGUGUGAUUCCUAAGGCUGUAAUGGACAGUACGGAAUUUCUGGUGAACUUCCAUUUUCCGAAACCUGCCCAUUCAAAGAGAGGACAUAGAAAGAGACAUAGUUUCAAAGUGAUGCGGUCUAUGAAGACGGUGCCCUGGAUUCAGGGGAGGUCAAAGGUCACGCCUGCUGUCUCUGAGCAGAGCCAAGGGUCCACAUCCGGAGGGAGAACAACCCUCAGGAGAAGCCUGGGUCUGGAGACUUUCCCCAGUGUCCUGCUGUUCAGGACGUGUAUGCCUUGCGCAGACCAAGGUUUCAGACCUGCAGCAGACUUAUCGGAUGGUGCCAGUCCCGUUAGCAGAGAGGCAUGCAGGACACCGCAAGAGGGGCUAAGAAGGUAGAUUAUAAAAAUUCACCAGAGCGCAAGAUGCAGACUGCUUGCCUGUGCUCACUGGCGUCGGGAAAUGGCAGCUCACACCCUGGAGAAGACGUUCUUCACUCUAAUAUAUAAAGUAUUUAGAAUCAGCCAUCUUGGUUGUCUCGUGCUCAUGCAGCAUUUUAGGAUAUGACCUCUGAUAGACCAGUUUAUACUCAGAAAGUGGCUUAGAGUGGUUUACUGUUUUAGACCAGAUCACUAAUGUUGUAUUUUAACGUUCCUCAUUUUCAUACAUGUAUGCAUUUGACUAUUUAUUUCACAACAGCCCAUUAAAUCAACUGAAUAAAUAUUUCGAUUUCGCCUCCA